AUGGCAGGAGCAGCAGCUCACCAACCCACUAGCCACGCCGACGACGGCAGCCCAGAAUGGAGCGUCGCCGUGCCAGCCGCCGCGGCGGAACACGAGAACACCGAAAGCAGCCGCCGGGCGUGCUGCGCGUCGGCAUUGGUGGUGGUGGUGCGUCGUCUCUUGUCGUGGUUGGUGGCGCCGAUACACGGCAUGGGCAGCCUCGCCACGACGGCGUGCCUGUGGCUGUUCUCGUUGGCGGCCGCGGCGCGGGACAGGGUGGUGGGCGUCGCUAGGAUGGCGUGGAGGAUCGGCGCCGACGACCCUCGGAAGGUGGCGCACGGGUUCAAGAUGGCGCUCGCGCUCACCAUGUGCUCUAUCUGCUACUACGUCCAGCCACUCUACGUCUUCACCGGCCAGAAUGCCAUGUGGGCCGUCCUCACGGUCGUCGUCGUCUUCGAGUACACAGUUGGUGGCUGCUUGUACAAAGGGCUGAACAGAGCCAUGGCAACGGUGACCGGCGCCGCGCUGGCCCUCGGCGUGCAGUGGAUCGCCAGCAAGUCCGGCAAGGAGUUGGAGCCCUUCAUCCUCAGUGGCUCUCUAUUUGUUUUCGCCGCCGCGGCCACCUAUUCCAGGUUUCUGCCCAAGAUGAAGGCCCGCUUCGACUACGGCGUCACCAUCUUCAUCCUCACAUACACGCUCGUCGCGGUGGGAGGGUACCGCGUCAACGAGGUUGCCUUCAUGGCACAGCACCGGCUGACGACCAUCGCCAUCGGCGCCAUGAUCUGCUUCGCCGUCUGCGCGCUCGUCUUCCCGGUCUGGGCGGGGAAGGAGCUCCACGACCAGGUCGCCCGCAACAUGGACAAGCUGGCUGCCGCCGUCGAGAGCUGCGUCGAGGACUACUUCUCGGAGGCUACAGCCGGUGUCGACGUCGCCGCAGCAGCAGCUCCGAAGCCGGCGCUGUCGGACAAGUCACAUGGGUACAAGGCAGUGCUGAACGCCAAGGCCUCGGAGGACUCACUGGGCAACCUGGCGACGUGGGAACCCGCACACGGCAAGUUCGGCUUCCGCCACCCGUACCAUCUGUACCAGAAGGUCGGCGCAGCGAUGCGCUCCUGUGCCUACUGCGUCGACGCCCUCGCUGCCUGCGUCGGCUCAGAGGCCCAAACGCCAGCGCACGUCAAGAAGCACCUCGCCGGCGCCUCCGCCGCUCUAGGCCGCCAUUGCUCGGCCAUGCUCCGCGAGGCGUCGGGCUCCGUUGCCUCGAUGACGCGGUCCGGCCGCCUCGCCCUCGUCGUAGGGGACAUGAACGCCGCCGCGCAGGAGCUGAGGGACGAGCUGAGGUGCCUCGCGCCGCUACUGGAGCUAGACGAGUCCACAGAUACAGAGCAGGAGCACAACAUUACAAUGUCACCAGCACCGGCGCCGCCCCUCAUCGAGGCCCUGCCCCUGUUCACAGCGGCCUCCCUCCUGCUGGAGAUCUGCACGAGGGCGGAGGGCGUUGUUAGCGCCGUCGACAACCUGGCCAUCACAGCGAGGUUCAAGAAGGCUGACCACGACGAGGAGACCACACACGACGUCGAGGCGGCCGUGCCCACAACCAUGAGCACCAUCCUCACGGCAGACGCGCCGCAGGAGACACACGAUAAGGUUGCGGUCGACCACGGGAAGACGGAGACGCCAACGGACGAGAGCUCCGCCGACCAAACGCCUCGGGACCAGGUCGACGAGCUCCUCAAGGUGCUCAUGCGACGGCGGAGCACCAAGAAGUGGGCGCGCGGUGACACCAAGGUGUGCCCGAAGCCGCCGCUGGACUUCGUGGUCCACGCACCCAGCCCAAGGAGCCGGUCCAUGGAACUCACUGUCACGGGCCAUGCGCAGGUCGCGCCCAGUCAGAGGCACCGCUCCGUCGAGCUCACCAGCCACCCGCCAGUCGCGCCCAGUCCGAGGAACCGGUCGGUGGACUUUGCCAGUAAUGGACCUGUCCUACCAAGCCCCAGGAACCGGUCCAUGGAUUUCGGCAACCAUAGGCCUGUCUUGCCUAGUCCUAGGCAUCGCUCCAUACUUGGGAUGGCCUGA